UUCCCAGGGCCAAGCAGCAGCUGCAGUGGAGCGAUCUGCUGCAGGUGAUGGUGGUGCCGGGCGACAACGCGGAGGGGUUCAUCGAUGGGCGCAUGGACGACUACGAGGUGGCGGACCUCCUCAAGGCGGACUGCAAGCUCUGCCGCUUCACGCGCGCACAGGCCGUGGACGAGGAAAUGUCCAUCGCCAUGAACAUGAUGGGCAGCGCCACUGGCGGAGGCCUGCCCGCUGCUCCCCGGAAAUACCUCGCGCAGAGCUUCUAAGCCAUCUGGACGUUUCAAUGCUGGUGCUGGCAUGUAUCAUGGACUACCUUGCUGCCUUGUAAACUACACGAUGAGCGCCAUGAUUUGCGCCAUCACAAUUGAAUAAUUAAUUUUCUGUAUCUGAUGCCGUUGUCCCGCUAGAAGCACAUAAUGAUAUUAUGGGCAUGGAGACCUAGUGAGCGGCUACCCUGCUUGGUUUGUAAAAAUUCUCCAGCUGGCGUCAGGGUUUAGGGAGUGAGCAGCCAAAGUGAACUAC